CAUGUUUGGUUUUAAAUUUAGAGACGUGCAGUUUGUUUCCUGAUUGAAAUUUAUAACGCAUGAGUCCAAGGAAAUUUUGAAAAUUGCUCGAAUAUUGAAUUAAAUCCACAUGCUACAAUUUUGUAUCUUAAAAGGAAAUGACGGACACAGAAGCUAAGGUCCAUUUUCGAGUCAUCCGAUUUAUUCAUGAGGCUGGGUUAAGGCUGCACAUGACCUCUGUUUCGUUGGCUACAGCGUCAGUCAUCUAUCACAAGUUCUUCAGAGAGAACUCACUCCAACAGUAUGACCCUUAUCUGAUUGCUACAACAGCCUUGUACUUGGCUGGAAAAGCUGAAGAACAGCAUAUCAAAAUACGCGACAUUGUCAAUGUCUGCUACAGGACGUUACAUCGCAGUAAGCCACCGCUGGAAAUGGGAGAAGCCUUCUGGUCUCUCCGAAACACCGUGUCCAACUGUGAACUGUUUGUACUUAGAAUGCUGCAGUUCAAGAUCUCUUUCCAACAUCCACACAAGUAUCUCCUUCAUUACCUGAAAUUCCUAAAGGACUGGUUUGAACCUUACAAAUGGGAGACAACCCCUAUAGCAAGAAGUGCCUGGACAUUUCUAAAAGACAGCUACCAUGGAACUCUGUGUUUGCGACACAAACCCCAACACAUUGCUGUCGGAUUAAUCUACAUGGCCCUGCAGUGUCAUGGCGUAGAGGUGCCUCUUCAGACCAAUGUCGCAGUUCCCUGGUGGAAGGUACUCACUGACGACAUCACUGAAGACAUGAUAAAAGACAUCAUAGAAGUCACGAUAUGGACAUACGACCUGGAAACGAUGGCGACUUCUUGAUAGAUUUGGAUUCAUUGUGUGUAUAGGAGAAAGAAUGUUGACAUAAACUGUCAAUCUCAAGUGGAACUUGACCCGAUCAAAUUAUCUGACUGUGAGUUAGGCUGACGUGCAUGUGAACUAUUGUAUGAUUGAAAACCCUCCACAUUGUUUUGUGUGUGGUAUCUCUCAGAAGUCAAGGCGUGUAUGAUGUUUGUAAGGAAGUUGUCUGUCGACACCAUGAAAUUUUAAUCUUAGAAUGUAUCAGUCAGAACUCCUAAGAUAGGUAGGUAGAGAAGAGGGCGUGUCCAAUCAAUUUCUGGGUCAAAAGGUCAUAGACAAAAAUCCUAGUAAUCUGUGGAUGCUCAUGUACAUGUUUUGCUGAUUUUAUAAAGAUGUUUUUUAAUUUGUAUUUAAACUUUUUGUGUUCAUAUUCAAUAAAAUACAAAUGUCA